AUGGCUCAGAACUCCUUGAAAAUUAGGCUGCAGGGUUUAGAAUGCCACUUCACCUGGAAGCUGGACUACAACAGAUCUAAACUUCAAAGCCUCAGAGAAUCCAUGAUUGACAUCAGCAGCAGCGAGGGGGUUCAAUGUUCCUGGACGGCUUAUCUGUACAAAGUCCUGGCUUACCUACACCACACUUUGGGCUCCACAGAGGACGCUCUUCAAUGCCUGAAGAAGGCUGAAGAGGCCAUUCGCCUAAACAGCCCAGACGACGUGGAGCUAAGUCUGGUGGUCCACUAUGGGAACUUGGCCUGGGUGCACUAUCACCAAGGGGAGAUGACAGAGAGCCAGACCUAUGUGGAGAAGGUGGGGAGACUACUGAGGGACAACCCCUCACCCUGCCCAGGUGUAGUGUGGGGAGAAAAGGCCUGGACUUUGAAUAAGUUUGAUGUAAGCAAGAAGGCAGAAGCACUAGAUUGCUUCCGGAUGGCCUUAAAGGGGGACCCUGAGAACAAGGUGCUGCGAUGCGGUUAUGCCAUGGCGUUUAAUAAAUCUGUUGAAAAUAAAAACAUUACCCCGAAGCUGCGAUCUGAGAUGUUGGAGCACCUACGGAUUGCUAGAGAAUUGGAUCCAGAAGAUUUGUACAUCACAGUGAUGUACCUGCAGAGGCUUGCAGAGAGUGGCCAGGUUGAGGAAGCAUGUAAACUCUCAAAGGAAGUGAUAGAGAAGGCUUUGGACUGCUUUGGUGGAUUUGGAAUCUUGCUAGAUUUUUUCAAAGAAUACAUCUCUCAUGAUUCAAGCAUUGACCUGGCAAGAAGGACCCUGGAGAGACACCCUGAUUCACGCCAGCUGAAGAGACAUCUUGGGAAGUGUUACAAGUGGAAGAUUUUCUCUCAAGAAGAGAAAAGGAACCCAAUGAGGCAUAUUCUGAUUGAAAAUGCAGUCAACCUUUAUGAAGAGGUGAUCACACUCUACCCAAAAUCCCUUGCAGCUAAACUGGAACUGUCUGCCAUGUACAAAGAAUCUGGCAGAGUUGAUAGAGCAGAUAAGAUAUUCGAGGGCCUGCUUCUUGAUAGGGAAGUAAUGGAACCACAGAAUUUACAAAAAAUCUACAACUGGUAUGCCCAACAUCUGUUUUAUGCCAAACAAGAUGCUUCCAGGUCAAUUGAUUUCCACAAGAAGGCAGUAGAGAUUAUGCUACCCACUGACCAACGUGAUAGCAGUAUUCAUGUUCUGUUGUCCCCUUCUCCGAAGUAG